AUGGACAUUAAGUCAGGAUCUUCGUUUGUUGAAGUUGAUAAUAAAGUAACGAUAUGUUCGCUGAAAAAACCACGGACUAACCUUCAUAAAUCAGUAAAGCAAAGAGAUUCAGCAACACCGAAAAUAUCGAAUCGUAUACCAAAAUGUGCACGCUGCAGAAAUCAUGGAAUUAUUUCUGAAUUACGAGGCCACAAGAAAGUGUGUACUUAUAAAAGCUGCAAGUGUCCAAAAUGUGUACUUAUAUUUGAAAGGCAACGAAUUAUGGCCGCACAGGUUGCCUUAAAGCGCCAGCAAGCUGUUGAAGAUGCCAUUGCUUUACGUUUAGUGGCCACAAAGACGGGCAAGCAAAUAGAUGCACUGCCACCUGGAAAUAUUUUUGGAUUGACUGUAACAGAACCCAUCAAUAAACCAACUGCUCGGAGCUAUGAAAGACAGGAUAGGAGUGUCGCCGAAGACCUAAGUACUCACAGUGCAAACGAUAGCGUUUCUACUACUAAUGCCACAACUACAUCAACUUCAACAUCUGCGAGUGAAACACCAACGACAGUGUCCCAAAAUGCAAUUGACAUGUUGUCUCAAUUGUUUCCACACCGUAAGAGGUCUGUACUUGAACUUGUGUUAAAGAGAUGCGACCUCGAUUUGAUACGUGCUAUUGAGAACGUAUCGCCAAGGACAACCGCAACAGAAACAACAGUAACUCCACACUUCACUACAAUAAAAAGUGCUUUUAGGCCCGUAUCAUCCGAAAAGUAUCCAACUUUAGAACACAAAAUGAGCUCUUUCACUACGACAACAACUCAACAUAUUGGUACUGGUACAACAACUGCAAUAUGUGCUUAUCCUAAAUGGAUAGUGCCGCUAUCAUUUCCAGUUAUGAGUCAUCUAUCAAAUUUAGCACCCCGAUGUACUUUGCCUAAUUGUAACUGCAUGGAGAGCUAUCAGUUUAAUUAA